AUGGAGUUCCCUCACUUCAAUGGACCCAUGCAUCCUGCGCUCCCUCUAAGACUGGGAUAUUUAAACGGUGACAAUCUGGACCUUCCCUACAACGACAACCCUGCGCUGGCUGAGCUGAACCACUGGGACAUCGCCACCAACGACUUGGAUUGGAACACGAUUGCUCCGCCCUUCCCUUUUUCCGACUACGACAAUCCAAUGAAGAAACAGAAGCAAAGUAGCACCAGCACCAUCGGUAGGGAGCUCGGUGCUUUUAGUUUGGGAUCCGGGUCUACCUCGGCCUCAUCGCAUUCUGGGACCCAGCAUGGAGCAGUUUUCAUCGAUCUUACCGAGGACGAUGCGGUGCUGACACAUAUCUUGGACAUCUUUCCUGACAUCAGCCACAACUAUGUGGAGGAGCUAAUCAAUCGACACAAAGGCUCCCAUGGGAAAUCGAUCGAACAGGAGUUACUGAAAGAGAACGUUGUCGAAGAGAUUGUACAGCAAUCUGACUAUCCCAAGCAGGAAAAGGUCAAGAAGAGGAAGAUUGCAGAAACGGAAGAUGAGGACAAGAAAUGGAUGGCUAACAUGCCGGAGCGAGGCAGUCGUCUGUACCUCCAGCUAGCGAUUGGAAUGCUGUCCCAGGAAUUCGGCUGGAUCCCAUUACAUCAUAUCCGACAUGUCGUGAACGAGAAAAAAGAGCUCUUUUCAGCGUUUCUAACUCUGCAUACUCAGGAGCUUGGACGCACAAAUGAUUACAUUAAAUUAAAGAGAGAAAGGAUCUCGGUUGCUAAAACAGAUGAUGGGAGUUCUAUCGUUGAGAACUUGCAUCAGGAACUGGCGGCCGCCAAGAAGAGGGCUGCAAAGGAUGAUGGUGAGUGGCACAGCUUUGACAAUGAGAACCCUAUCACUGACCAGUGGGUCACUUGCAAAGCCGUCCUUCGUAGGCAGAAGGAGGACCAGGAGGCUGAGGUACGAAAUGAGGAGGAGCAUACGCGAACAGGGAACCUUGUCGAAUGCCAGUGCUGCUACCUCGAUGUCCCAGCGAAUAGAUCGCUCCCCUGUGAAGGAGAUUACGUCCAUUUCUUCUGCUUCACAUGCAUCCGCAAGUCUGCGGAGACUCAAAUUGGGCUUAUGAAGUAUCAGUUGCAAUGCUUUGACACCAGUGGCUGUCAGGCCCAAUUUUCUCGUGCACGACUAGGGGAAGCGCUAGGGCCAAGCAUGAUGGAAAAGCUUGACUCUCUACAGCAGCAGGAUGAGAUCGAGAAAGCAGGUCUGGAAGGCCUUGAAGCGUGUCCAUUCUGCGAUUUCAAGGCCAUCUGUCCGCCCGUGGAGGAGGACCGUGAGUUCAGGUGCAGAAAGCCCGAGUGCGAACGGGUUAGUUGCCGUCUCUGCCAACAGGAAAGCCAUAUCCCCAGGACCUGCCAGGAAGCGAAACUAGAAAGGGGUCUUCCCGAGCGCCACUUGGUCGAAGAGGCAAUGAGCGAGGCUCUGAUUCGCAACUGCCCCAGAUGCAAGGUGAAGAUUGUCAAGGAGUACGGGUGCAAUAAGAUGAUUUGCUCCAAGUGCCGCUGUGCCAUGUGCUAUGUCUGUAAGAAAGACAUUAGCCAGGAGCAGUACGACCACUUUGGGCGCCCUCCGACGAAUUGUCGUACCCACGACGAACCGGCAGAAAACCGCUCCCUGCGAGAAAUUGAGCAAGCGCAGAAGGCGACUAUAGAGACCUUACUGGCACAGAACCCCGAACUAACGGAAGAGGAACUGCGGGUGCAUACUGACAAGGAGAAAAAGCCGGCUUCGAAUCAGCAGCGCCGCAAUAAUUACCCCCGCGCGGAGUUAUAUCAAAACCAGGCCUGGGGAAAUGCGCGCCAAGCCCGGGUUGUGCAAGACCCACGACAACGGCUAAACAUACCUGCAGACUUACCUGCAAGGCCGAUGUUGCUAAUGGAUCAUGUCCAGCACCAAUUUCAGGAGCUCCACCGUCCUCGGAUAGAACCUUUUCCUCGGGUAGAACCCUUUCCCCUCCCGCCUCAACCCAUGGGUGCCGGUGAUGGUCUUGUUAGACCGGGAAACGAAUAUCAGGCCAUAUUGGCAGAGUACCAGGCCAGAAGGGUGCGUGAAUAUCAAAACAACCCAGCUUUGGCAGGGCUCUUUCGAGAUGAUGCCCUGCCGAAUAGAGAGCAAAACCCCGCGCCGGCUGCAAAUGAAAGGCGCCCUCAUCCGCACUAUAUGGCCGCCUUUAAUGGGUUUCCCCUGCGACCCAACGAUUAUGGAACCUAUCCGCUGCCCUGA